UCUCAUUUAUAUACUCAUUUGCACAAACGAUGUGAUUCACUCAAAACAUUCAUAGCAAAGCAACUAUUAUUACUUUCUCAAUUUUACAGAGUUCACCACAAAGAGCAAAACAAAAAUGUCUCUGAUUCCAAGUUUUUUCGGUGGCCGAAGGAGCAACGUUUUCGAUCCAUUCUCUCUUGAAGUUUGGGAUCCUUUGAAGGAUUUUCCAUUUACCAACUCUGCACUUUCUGCUUCAUUUCCUCGUGAGAAUUCUGCUUUUGUGAGCACAAGAGUAGACUGGAAGGAGACACCAGAAGCACAUGUGUUCAAGGCUGAUCUUCCUGGACUGAAGAAGGAAGAAGUGAAAGUUGAAAUUGAAGAUGAUAGAGUUCUUCAGAUUAGUGGUGAGAGGAAUGUUGAGAAAGAAGAUAAGAAUGAUGAAUGGCAUCGCGUGGAGCGUAGCAGUGGAAAAUUCUUGAGGAGGUUUAGAUUGCCUGAGAAUGCUAAAAUGAAUGAAGUGAAAGCUUCAAUGGAGAAUGGUGUUCUAACUGUUACUGUUCCAAAAGAAGAGAUUAAGAAGCCUGAAGUUAAGUCAAUUGAAAUCUCUGGUUAAACUCAGAGUUACCACUGUUACUCUGUUACUUUGAUUGGUGUAUUAAAGUGUCUUGGUUAAACUCAGUUUACCUUUUGUGUGAUGUGAGUUAUGAUGAUAAUGAUGUAAUGUGUGUAAUGUUUCUACAUAAAUAAAUAAAUAAAUAAUUAGUUAUUUUGUUCUUUAAAUUCAA